UCCGUGGAAACGGCACAGGAAGUGGCGCGCAACUGUUGAAAAAUGUCUCACAAACUGAAGAGGUGGUUUUGAUGCUAUUAUUUGUCACCAGCCUUUAAAACGGCGUCUAAAGACAGCUUGGUGGGCGUUUCUCUUUAUUAACCGGAGCUCCACGUUGUAAAAAAUGUCGUUUGUGAGAGUGGGGCGUCCACAGCAGCACGCCAAAGGAAAAAGGCCUGUUCGCCCCAAGAAGGCAGCAGCUCAAAGAAGAGAGUGGGUGAGCACUGUCAACGACCUCUCUGUGCACAAGCUGACACCUGCGGAGCUGAGUCAUCGGCAUGAGCUCCACAAGUCUCACAACAAAGCAGCAGCUCAGUGGGAGCUGAAAGAGAAAGCCCUGAAACGACGUCUCAGGCACGCAGGGAGCCCUGCACCCCUGGACCAGGCCAGUCUCAGCAUCAUCAGGGAGGUUUUCUCUGAUCAGCUGCUGCUGCAGGAUGUGUUGGCCCGUUCUGACAAAGCCCUGGCUGUGGUCAAAGACCUGUUUGGAGAUGCUCCACGCAGGCACACCGGACACCCCAGAGUGACUGUGGCUCCAAACUGUGACUCUGACUCAGAACUGCCUGUUCUUCAAAGACCAGAUCGUCCAACUCAUCUGUCUCUCCUCAGCCAGUCAAUGAUGGAUCAAGAGGCUCUUAAUGAACUGGAAGCUUCAGAGGACGACCACAGAGACGAUGCCCGUCCUUCAACCAGUUCAGAGUAUCAUGUAAUCCGAAGGGUCAAUGUACAAAAAAUGAAGGCGCAGCCUCGGGCUAGAGUGUCACAGCAACACAAAGGUCAUCAUCACAGCUGUCACCGUGGAGACAAGGAUAAUAGUCCCGUGACACCCUGUACAUCAGACAGGGCACCAGCUCAGAGAGCUCUCAAUGCCACCGUGGCUGUUCAGCGUGUUCGGUCCAGACAGAGUCAGGCGGAGGACGCCAGAGAGGAAACAUCAGUCCUGGUUUCUCAGGUUCUUAAUUCUGAACCGCCUCAGAGCAAGUCAGACUGGAUCGGUAAUCACACCAGCAGAGGCAGGAAGUGUGUUUCCCAGGGUUCAGAGCUGGACGGCUCCUCUGUUGCCUCUCUCAGCGGGGAUCAGUCCAGUCUGGGCCUGCUGCAGGCCAUGUUGGGUCAGGUGGAGUCGGAUUUGGACGCACUGAGCCCUGAUACAGCACCAACAUCUGCACAGAGUCCCAAAAAGCACAGAACACAAAGCCUUACUGGAUUUUCUGUGGCCUUGGUCUCUACACUGGGACGUUUGGUGCACCUCCUUAAAAAGAGGGAAGAUGAAGCUCAGGAGGCGGCACAGGAGAGGAGAAAACUGGAGGAGGAGCUGAAAGAGCAGCAGAGGCUCAUUGAUGCUCUCACUGCUGAAACCAUGACUCUGAGAGAGGAGGCUACAACCCUGCAGGCAGGGUUACAGCAGCGGACAGCAGAGCUGGAGCGGAAGUUGGACACAGUGGUGUUGGCGAUGGGAGGGCUCGGACUGCUGAGUGAACACAGUGGCCAAACCCCACACUCUGAGGUUAAAGUUGCAGGCUGUCAGUCUGCGACGGGUGCUGAGCGAGUACCUGUUUCUUCUGCCGUCCUCCUCUCACCACCUCAACAGCGGGACCACUUUCAGCAUGUUCCUGCAACUUGUCCUGCGCCACCGCACCAGCAGCUUCCUGCUGCGGAUCUCCUGCUCUCCUAUGGGGACCUCCGCGCUCACAGCUCAGACUCUAGUCUCAGCAGUCUGCCCCUAGUUCAGCUUCCCUCUGCUUCCUCGCUAUCGCUGACCUCUGACCCUCUUCGCUCACAGAGGUCUCCGGGCACAGUGCUAGCUGAGAUUGCUCAGCUGAGCAAAGAGACCGAUCUUAUCAGGGCUCAACUCAGCCAGGCAAAGGGCCUCGGGUCAGGGGUCAGAGAAUCGCUCGACAGUGGCAAUGAGAGAAGAGGGUCGAGCUGCAGCAGCACCGGGAGAGUAACACCUCAGAGCGCUGCAGAGAGCAGGAUGUCCGGGUCCAGCUGUAAAGAGAGGCGGAGCCAGCAUGUGUGGACUCCUGAAGAACAACAGCUGACUCAACAGGCAACAUCACCCAACACUUUCAGUGAAAACAGCGUGGAGCAACGCCUCCUGGAGCUGAACAGGCAGAGCGCUGCAGCCCGAGGUCGGCUGCUGGAAAUAAUCGAGCAACAGAAGCAAAGUGUUUCAGCCAGAGUCUCUCCCUCUAUCUCCCCGAUCCCAGCUUCUGCCUUCAGCCCGAAUCCAGAAUCCACGAAACGCCUGGAGGCAUCAGAGCUGCUGCCCGAGCGAGAGCUCCGGUCACACAGUGGUGGCGGUGAGGGUGAGAGGAGGUUUGCUGGCUCUGAUGCAUCUUCUCACAGUUUUGAAAGAGAAACCAGGGAUGGCAAAACACAGAUGGACAAGGAGAGAGCUCGAGAAGGCUGGUUUGCAUUGUCUGCUCACGUGAGGUGACAAGAAGGACAACCCAGCAUACCUGAAGAUGUUUAUUACGCAGAAUGUUCUUACUAUUUUUAUCUGUUUUAUUAAUGAUUGAAUUAAAAUGUUUUUACUUUUA